AUGGCAGACCUUGGAAAAUACCACACUUGGCUAAACUACGGGAGUUCUGGAGGCAGAGGUACAAUCAGAUCAGCUGUGAACAGCUUACAUAGCAAAUCUAAUAGAGCUGAAGUAGUAAUAAAUGACUCCUCGUCUCCAGCUGUUGUUGACAGAAGUAAUGAAAGCAUUAAGCACAACAUUAAACCAGCCUCAUCCAAAUGGAGACACAACCAGACACUCUCUUUGAAGAUCAGGAAGCACAUCCUGAAGUUCCUAGAUGCGGAGAAGGACAUUUCGGUGCUGAAGGGGACGCUGAAGCCGGGGGACAUCAUCCACUACGUCUUUGACAGGGACAGCACCAUGAACGUCUCGCAGAACCUGUACGAGCUGCUGCCCCGCACCUCGCCCCUCAAGGGCAAGCAGUUCCCCACCUGUGCCAUCGUGGGCAACUCGGGGGUCCUGCUCAGCAGCGGCUGCGGCCCCGAGAUCGACGCGCACAGCUUCGUGAUAAGGUGCAAUCUGGCCCCUGUUCAAGAGUACUCGCAGGACGUGGGCAUGAAGACAGACCUGGUGACUAUGAACCCCUCAGUCAUCCAACGGGCCUUUGAGGACCUGGUGAACGAGACUUGGAGGGAGAAGCUGCUGCAACGCCUCCACAGCCUCAACGGCAGCAUCCUCUGGAUCCCAGCAUUCAUGGCCAAGGGGGGCAAGGAGCGAGUGGAGUGGGUGAACGAGCUCAUCCUGAAGCAUCACAUCAACGUCAGGACUGCCUACCCCUCGCUGCGCCUGCUGCACGCUGUUCGAGGGUACUGGCUAACGAACAAAGUGCACAUCAAGCGACCCACCACCGGCCUCCUCAUGUACACCUUAGCCACUCGAUUCUGCAACCAGAUCUAUCUCUACGGCUUCUGGCCCUUUCCCCUGGACCAGAACCAGAACCCGGUCAAGUACCACUACUACGACAGCCUGAAGUACGGCUACACCUCGCAGGCCAGCCCGCACACCAUGCCCUUGGAGUUCAAAGCCUUAAAGACGCUGCACCAGCAAGGAGCCUUGAAGCUGACUGUGGGGGAGUGCGAUGGGGCCACGUAGGGUGGUCCCCGGCCGCGUUCCUGCACAGCCACGGGAGGAAGGGGAGGGGGCGGAAAGGACGAGUGGUGCCUGGUGGGGUUGGUUGUCUUUGUUAAUGCGCAGAACAGCGACACAAAUAUAUAUACGUGGUACCUAUAUAUAUUGACCUGAGUAUUAUAACUGUUUGGUGUUCACCAAGGAAGGAGCAGGAGAGAUGCGGGAGCAUCUGGCAUGACUGGCCCGGGCAAGACCCCUUGCCGUGGGCUUGCUGGGCUCGGAGGGGUGUUUGACCUACAUCCGAAGGGUGUGAAGGUGGCCUUGGUUUUUGAGGGUAUGUUAGGUGAUGGGUAAACGUUAAGCCGUUCGUCGUGACUG